AUGUCGACAGAGAUUGACGCUCCAGUUCAAGUGACAGAGCCUGAUCCUUCUUCGCAAAUCUAUAAGGCAACAUAUUCUGGCGUUCCAGUUUGGGAGUUUCGGUUGGCGUUAUAUCAAUCCGUUCGAAGUGUAGCUGUUAUGCGCAGGAAAACAGAUUCAUGGCUCAACGCUACACAAAUCUUGAAAGUUGCUGAAUUUGAUAAGCCGCAUAGAACCCGUAUUUUAGAACGCGAAGUCCAAAAGGGUGAACACGAAAAAGUUCAAGGUGGUUAUGGAAAAUAUCAGGGAACAUGGGUACCAUAUCAAACAGGCGUCGACCUAGCAGAACGAUAUCACGUAAAGGAACUUUUACAACCGAUAAUUGAAUUUCAACCAUCCUUGGAAAGUCCACCUCUAGCACCAAAGCACGUUACUGCCGCGUCAAAUAAGCCACGUAAACCACGUGAACCUAAAGAGCCCAAGCCAAUAAAGCCAAGACCUCCUAAAAAGCUCAAGAAGCCAGAACCACAAGCUGAAGUCGAAAAUAUGUCUGUGGAUACCGACCACGAAACUGCCGAAAUAGCCAGUAUUGGGUCGUCUAAUGCAUCAAUAUCGCCAAUUUAUUCAUUAUCUGCAUCACCUGCCCCAAAUGAAUCAUCAAAUGACUUAUCAGAAUCAGAUGAGACACCAACAGUCGCAACUAUACCAAAACAGAAGAGAAAACGUAAACAAGCAGACACGGGUGGUCGUGCCAGCAAAGUCGCGAAGACAGUGCAACAAUAUUCUAACGCAGUAGAAUAUGGUAGUCUUAUGUUAACAUAUUUCACGACAAACUCAGAUGCUAUUCCAGACUUUAUUUUGCACCCGCCAUCAGACUUUGAUGCAAAUAUUAUUAUUGAUCAGCAAGGUCAUACUGCACUUCAUUGGGCUGCGGCAAUGGCAAAUUAUGACAUGGCCUCGUUGUUGGUAAAGGCAGGGGCAGACCCUGACCGUGGCAAUGUUCAUGGAGAAACUGCCCUUAUGAGAAGUGUCAUGUUUCAAUAUAAUUAUGAAAAUAGAUGUUUUCAUGAUAUAGUACAACUUUUAAUCAGGACAAUCGGUAAUCUUGAUAUUCACGACCAAACGGUAUUACAUCAUAUAGCAAUUUAUGCUACUACUAAAGGUCGAAUUGGUCCAUCGAGAUAUUAUAUGGAAGUUAUACUUUCAACAUUAGCUCAGCAUCCUAAUGAAGAAUAUCGUAGAACUAUUAUCAAUAAGCAAAAUGACACUGGUGACACAGCUCUUAACAUAUCUGCUAGAUCUGCAAAUAAACGACUUAUCCUCAAAUUAGAAAUUCAGUGGGAAAAAAAUGCAGAAGAUUAUAUAUUAGAAUUAGAUCAUGAUGCCAAAUAUCGAGCAGAACAAAGUCGGGUGCAAAAUCAACCUCCUAACAACAACGAAAAUCAUGUAAAUAGUGCACCAUCCACGCCAAUAGUUGUUCCUACGGGUGCUAGUCGAGUAGAAUUCUUAUUACAAGAUGCCAACACUAUUUUACGGGAUUUUAAAGAUAUGUAUGUUAAUCAAAUACAGAUAAAAGAGAAAGAAUUAUCCGUGUGUCAGGCGCAAUUAGCAUCCAAUAGUGAAGAUCUUGAAAAAACCAAUCGCAUGAUUGAAGGGUUGAGAGAAAAAGCUCGAACGCUACCCGUGCGAAAGGAACGUGUGAAUGAAUUAAUUAACUUGGUGACGGAUAAAAUCGAAAGUCAAAGAAAUAGAAGGCUAGAUAAUUUAGUCUCGGAAGAAAUGACAAAAAUGGGACCAAUUACAGAUGUUAAUCCGGAAAGAGUCAAAGAACUUGCGCAACAGAUUGAAGGUUUAAAGGUUGGAAGGCUUCAAAUGCUUAAAACAGUGGUAGAAAUAAAGAAAACUCCUGAUACCAAUCUCUCACGUUAUAAACGAGAUUUAAAUAUUAGAGGCAAUUCGCGACCAAGUCACUACAACAUUUCGAAACAAUCUCGUGUGAUGCCUCCGUUCCAAGCACGUGAACCGCGGUUGCAAAAUUUAAUAGCUGUGAGUAGAAUUUUUGGUCAACCCCGGAUCAGCCGAGGCACUAAUUUUGCCUAUAUGGGUAAUAAGAAUAAAAGUUAA